UUUGAUUGAUUAAAAAUGUCUUUUGACUAUAAUUAUAAGUUCUGGGUAGCUACACAAAGCGAUCUCGAGGAUAUUUUGAAGCGUCAAGAAGUUUUCAAAAAACUCAAACCAAUCGAAAACAAAUCCGUUACACAUAAUCUAUUUGCAGAGCUUUAUGUUCGUUAUGCUCAACUUGUCAAUAAGCUUGGUUAUAUAUACCAUCAUACGUUUCAAGUUCAAAAACGUGAUAUUAUCCAACAGCUGGUUGAGGCGUCAUCACAAAGACUAUUGGAACUUAAAAAGGAAUUGAAAAAUAUUGAACUUUCUGAAUUCAUCUAUGUCGAUAAGACACUUAUUGAAAGACGACUGACUCCUGAUGAUAUAACAAUAUGGACACCAAAAUACUUUCCAUAUUGGCGUCCAACAAAUGUCCAAGAGAUGAUUUAUGGCCCUCGGAAAAAUCUAGAAGAAAUCGAAAAUAAUGAAGAAUUUUCGAAGCAAGAGGAGAAAACGACAAAUAUGUCAAAAAGAGAGCAACGAAAUGUUGAAACUAUAUCUACGAAUGUUAGAACCCAUCAAGAAGAUUCAAAAGACCUUAAACGAAGUGAGAAAACUAAUAUCAAAAUGCGAAUACAAAUUGAAGAACCCAUUGACCCGGUUAAGAAAAAACUAAUGGAAGCUGUUCGAUUGAUUCAAUCUCACGAAAGAGCUCGACUUGCAAGGGUUUACUUAACCAACAUUCGUGCUAAUCCAAAAGUGUACAAGCCAAAAAUGCGUGAAGACGAUCUGAUCAAAUAUGAUUUCACGCAUAAGCCUACGCAAGCUAUGCUUAUUCCAGUUAGAAAAACACGCUUUGAUGCCAAUUAUUAUACCAAGAAAAAGGAUAUGAAGGAGUUCAAUUACUACGUUCCUAAACGAUUCCUCGGAGAUGAUAGUUCAACUGAAGAAGAUGACGAAACUCCAGUUUCUUCAGAUAGGGAACAAGAAGAUGAAUUCGAGAUGGAAGAAGCGUUGUCGGGCGAAUUAUCAGAUUACGAAAAUGAAGUUCAAUUAGGAACAAAUUUGGAGGAAUCUGUGAAUAAAGCUCUAAACUUAUCGGCCACAAGAAUUCAAACAUUUUGGAGAGGCCAUAGAGAUCGUAAGCGAUAUCAAGCGUUAUUGGAUAAAAAAUCCCUAAUUUACGGAAUGACCCAGGACUUCAGACCUAAAUCUAUAAAAAUCAAAUCCUACAAAGACCGAGUCACAGAAGCAACCAAACACAGACUUCUGAAAGAAAGAUACGACAGUGAAUUCAUCCAAUUCUGCGAAGAUGAAAGAUCGCGAAUUCUUCGAGUUAGAGGACCAUGGAUUAUGGAAGAUAUUUCUGAUAAUAUUCGAGCUUGGUUUAAGGAAUUUUACGAUAAAUUAGGUUGUUUUCAUCCAUAUCCUGACGAAGUUAAAGGUGGAACUUUGUUGUUAGUCAGAGACGAAACUAUGACUGUUUUUGAGUAUUAUGACAAACUGAAAGCGAAAAAAUUGACAAAAGAACAAAAACAAAAGCUUAAAGAUAAACAAAAGGAAUUAAAGAAAAAAGAGAAGGAAAAGCUAAAGAAAGAGAAACGUGCUUUGGCAAAGAGAAGGGCAAAAUUAAAGGCUGCGGGAAUUUUCGAUAUGAAAGAUGAGAUGCAAAGAAGCAAAAGUAUUGCUAAAAUAGAAAGCACAAUUGAAAAGUAUAAAAAAGAAUGUGAAGAGAUCGAUGAAAAGUUAAAUAGAAAGCAUGAGCCCAUAAAAGAUUGGAUAACAUCUGAUUAUUAUGCUGAAAUUCAUCAAGAACUUCAGUUAACUGUCGAUGAACUUAUGACGCUCGAAUUUGAACUCUUACAACGAGCUUUGGCCAAAGAUCUCAAAAAGAAAUACAAACGUCCAAAAAAGAAGAAACCUAAACCGAAGAAAGGCAAAAAGAAGAAACAACCAAUAGAUUUAACAGCCGAUCGCUCCAUAGAAUCUCUUUACUAUGAGCUACAAGAUGCCGGUAUUGUUAAGACUUAUCCAAAAAAAACAUUUGAUUACUAUAUCAGCGAACGCAAUCACUGUGCCUAUGAUAUCCUUAACAUACAUAUGAAAGAUACUCCUUCAUAUCAGGGAGAGAUAAAGGAUGUUUUAAUGGAAUAUGUCCUAGGAAUGGGUCCUUUAAACAUUACGAAACCGAAAUCAAUUUGUCUGGUUGGACCCACAAAUAGUGGAAAAAGGGUUUUGUGUGAUAUUUUAGCAACGGAAAUUGAUGCCGUUGUCCUCGACAUCAGUCCCGAAAACACUGUUCAAUUUCAAUCGAAUUUAAAAUACUUCCUUCAUAUUAUACUUAAAAUGGCCAAAAUCCUACAACCCACAAUAAUCUUCAUCCGUGACGUACAUAGAGUAUUUUGGAAGAAAAUUCCCCCCCAAUAUCUCGAAUUAGCUCCGAAACUUUUACAAUCACACCUAAAGAAAUCUAUUUUUAAGCCCAUUAAAAAAGAAGAUAAAAUAUUACUUCUCGCUACAACAGAUGCGCCUUGGACAGCAAACAGAAAAAUGAAAAAAUUAUUUCAAAAGAUGCUCCUAAUUCCAAAAACCGAAUAUGCAACAAAUUUCAUGUUGCAGAGAUAUUGCACUCUACAAUUUCGUGGUAUUUCACCAAGAGAGGUGGAUUUCUCAACUUUGGCUUUAGUAACACGAAAUUAUGUUUCUGGAGAUCUUGUGAAAAAUAUUGAAGAAACAUUGAACGUAAGACGCAGAAUGGACUUAGAAAGACAUCCGCUGCGGGAAACAGAGUUCCUAGACAAGUUUUUGGACAAAGAAAUCCCAAAAUUUCCAAUGGAAUUAAAGCUUUGGGAAAAAUUCACAAAAUGGUAUAGAAAAUCGAAUAAGAUGGCCAAGAACCGUGCAAAAAUGAUGAAAAUAAAAGAAGCGCUCUUAGCUAAACAAAACAAGAAGCUUAAUAGCAAAAAAUAAAACAUCAGCUUUCAGA